UUCUUCCUUUGCAAGCAGAGGGGAACAGGGGAGGAAGAAAAAAAAAAGAGAGACCUUGCAGCUCACGCGCACACGCCAAACCCCAAUCGGAGCCGCGGCCGCCGACGCCGACCGGAUCGGAGCAAGGUCUCGAGUCCAUGGCGAGCGGAGGCGAAGGCGCCGGGAGCGGCGAGUCCCCGCCUGCUGCCGUGGGGGAGGCGCCGGCACCGGCGGGGGCGACGCUGCACAUCCGGUGCGCGAACGGCUCCAAGUUCACGGUGCAGGCCGACCUGGCCGCCACGGUGGGCGCGUUCAAGGAGGUCGUGGCCGGGAGCUGCGACGUGCCGGCGCCGCAGCAGCGCCUGAUCUACAAGGGCCGCAUCCUCAAGGACGAACAAACCCUAGAAAGCUACGGCGUUGAGACAGAUCACACAAUUCACUUGGUGCGUGGUGUUGCCUCACCAGCUGCAUCAGGUGCACCAGCUGCUGCCAGUCCCCUUGCUUCAUCUACUCCUAGCAGUGGCCCAGCAGGUGGCCUGGGAGGCCUAUUUCCAGGUGUUGGUGCUCCAAGAAGUGGCAGGCCAUCAGGUAUAUUUGGGCCAGGAUUUCCAGAAUUGGAGCAAGUUGAGCAGCAUUUAAGCCAGAAUCCCAACUUGAUGAGGGAGAUAAUGAAUAUGCCAGCAAUGCAAAAUCUCAUGAACAACCCAGAUUUAAUACGCAAUAUGAUCAUGAGCAACCCACAGUUGCGCGAGAUCAUGGAUCGGAAUCCAGAUCUUGCCCAUGUGCUCAAUGACCCAAGUGUCCUCCGCCAAACUCUCGAAGCUGCUAGAAACCCUGAAAUCAUGAGAGAGAUGAUGCGGAACACAGACAGAGCUAUGAGCAACAUUGAAUCUUCUCCUGAAGGGUUUAAUAUGCUCCGACGCAUGUAUGAAACUGUCCAGGAGCCUUUCCUAAAUGCAACAACAAUGGGCGGCGAAGGCAACACAGCCUCAAACCCAUUUGCAGCUCUUCUUGGCAAUCAGGGGUCUAACCAACCUGGUCAACCUGCAACAAAUGCUCCAACUCCUGGUUCAGAGUCAACAACAGGAACCCCUGCUCCAAAUACUAAUCCACUUCCAAAUCCCUGGAGCACCAAUGCUGGGGGUGCACAAGGAGCAGCACGGUCCGGUCCUACUAGCAGUGCAAGAACUGGUGCCACUGGUGGCCUGGGAGGGUCGGGUUCACCAGAUUUGAGUAGUUUGCUCGGUGGUCUUGCUGGCAGUCAAAGAUCUGGUGCUGCUGGUGGUUUAGGAGGGUUGGGAUCAGCAGAUCUUGGGAGUAUUCUUGGUGGUUCACCUGAUGCUUCUUUUCUGAAUCAGAUGUUGCAAAACCCGGCAAUGAUGCAGAUGAUGCAGAGCAUUAUGUCUGAUCCACAGACCAUGAACCAGUUGCUUAACUUCAACCCGAAUGCACGCAACCUGAUGGAAUCAAACACUCAGCUGAGGGAAAUGUUUCAAAAUCCAGAAUUUCUUCGCCAGUUGACAUCUCCGGAGACUUUGCAGCAAUUACUCUCAUUUCAGCAGACCUUAUUAGGACAGCUUGGUCAACAACAACCUAGCCAGGAUGGCAACAAUUCAGGCAGCGCCACAGGUACGCGAGGAAACCCUAGUCUUGACACCUUGAUGAGCAUGCUCAGCGGGCUUGGGUCAGGAGGUGGCUUAGGUGUUCCAAAUAAUUCCAAUGUGCCGCCGGAGGAGCUCUAUGCAACACAGCUUACUCAGCUCCGAGAAAUGGGUUUCAUUGACAAUGCGGAGAACAUCCAAGCACUGGUUGCAACUGCUGGGAAUGUACAUGCCGCGGUGGAGCGCCUCCUUGGGAAUCUUGGCCAGUAGCUAAAGCUGAGUCAGACGCCGCCCAAAAUCUCAAAAAUUCGUGCAUCUGCAGGAGUGUUCGGCUUAUUGUUUUUUGAGCCCCAGAAUUUGAAGGCGGUGUCCAUAGUUCGGAAAACAAAAUAAAAAAAGAAGUCAGCCAGCCAUUAACUUUGCCAUACAUGGUCGUCGUGUCUUUGCUUUACAGUGUUGUAUUUGCAAUUUGGAUUGGUGUACAUACAUAUCGGUCGGAUGUUGCCCCAUAGAAUAUGCCUGUAGUCUUUCCAACUGUUGAUUCCCCAUCUAUCCAUCUAUCUGAUUCAACCGGUGGUUUUCAAUGGAAAAUGCGGUGAUGCAUUGCAGUGU